AUGAGGAGUGGCCAUGUGGGGAAAGGGUUAAGACUGUGCUGCAACUUGGUCGAGUUUCAGAAAGUUCUCCGGAGAGCCCAACUGCCGCGUCCCGUCCCGGCCCCUGCCUGCGCGGCCGACUGUAACAGGAUGCUGGGGCUCCAGGCGCUAGCCCCGAGCUUUGGGCGACGGGAAAGAGCCAAUGAGGAGCGAGGGCAAAAUCGGGUGCACGCCGGGGAGCUACUGGGGGAGGCGGCGCAGCGCAGCCGCCUGGAAGAGAAGUUCUUGGAGGAGAACAUCUUGCUACUACGAAAGCAAUUGAAUUGUUUGAGGCGAAGAGAUGCUGGUUUGUUGAAUCAGUUGCAAGAGCUUGACAAGCAGAUAAGUGACCUGAGACUGGAUGUAGAAAAGACAUCUGAAGAGCACCUGGAGACAGACAGUCGGCCUAGCUCAGGGUUUUAUGAGCUGAGUGAUGGGGCUUCAGGAUCCCUUUCCAAUUCCUCUAACUCGGUGUUCAGUGAGUGUUUAUCCAGUUGUCAUUCCAGCACCUGCUUUUGCAGCCCCUUGGAGGCGACCUUGACUCUCUCAGAUGGUUGCCCCAAAUCUGCAGAUGUGAAUCCCAAGUACCAGUGUGAUCUGGUGUCCAAAAACGGGAAUGAUGUGUAUCGGUAUCCCAGUCCACUUCAUGCUGUGGCUGUGCAGAGUCCAAUGUUUCUCCUUUGUCUGACGGGCAACCCUCUGAGGGAAGAGGACAGGCUUGGAAACCAUGCCAAUGACAUUUGCGGUGGAUCUGAGCUAAAUGCCGUCAAAACAGACAGUUCUUUACCGUCCCCAAGCAGUCUAUGGUCUGCUUCCCAUCCUUCAUCCAGCAAGAAAAUGGAUGGCUACAUUCUGAGCCUCGUCCAGAAAAAAACACACCCUGUAAGGACCAACAAACCAAGAACCAGCGUGAACGCUGACCCCACGAAAGGGCUUCUGAGGAACGGGAGCGUUUGUAUCAGAGCCCCGGGCGGUGUCUCGCAGGGCAACAGUGUGAACCUUAAGAAUUCGAAACAGGCAUGUCUGCCCUCUAGCGGGAUACCUUCUCUGGACAAUGGGACAUUCUCCCCACCGAAGCCCUGGUCAAAAGAAUCAAAGGCCGAACAAGCCGAAAGCAAGAGGUUGCCCCUGCCAGAGGGCUGCCCCUCAGGCGCUGCCUCCGACCUUCAGAGUAAGCACCUGCCGAAAACGGCCAAGCCAGCCUCCCAAGAACAUGCUCGGUGUCCCGCCAUCGGGACAGGGGAGUCCCCUAAAGAAAACGCUCAGCUCUCAGGGGCUUCGCCAAAGGAGAGUCCCGGCAUAGGCACUGCCCCGCCGCAGGAGAACAAAGUUGUCCAGCCUCUGAAAAAGAUGUCACAGAAAAACAGCCUGCAGGGCGUCACCCCGGCCACUCCUCCCCUGCUGUCUCCAGCUUUCCCGGUGGAAGAGAGGCCUGCCUUGGAUUUCAAGAGCGAGGGCUCUUCUUCCCAAAGCCUGGAGGAAGCGCACCUGGUCAAGGCCCAGUUCAUCCCGGGGCAGCAGCCCAGUGUCAGGCUCCACCGGGGCCACAGGAACGUGGGCGUCGCGAAGAGCUCUAGCCUGAAGCACCGCGGCCCAGCCCUCCAGGGGCUGGAGAACGGCUUGCCCACCGUCAGGGAGAAAACGCGGGCCGGCAGCAAAAAGUGUCGCUUCCCGGAUGACUUGGAUACAAAUAAGAAACUCAAGAAAGCCUCCUCCAAGGGGAGGAAGAGCGGGGGCGGGCCCGAGGCUGGUCUUCCUGGUAGGCCCGCGGGCGGGGGCCACAGGGCGGGCAGCAGGGCGCACGGCCACGGACGGGAGGCGGUAGUGGCCAAACCUAAGCACAAGCGAACUGACUACCGGCGGUGGAAGUCCUCGGCCGAGAUUUCGUAUGAAGAGGCCCUGCGGAGGGCCCGGCGGGGUCGCCGGGAGAAUGUGGGGCUGUACCCCGCGCCGGUGCAGCUGCCCUACGCCAGUCCCUACGCCUAUGUAGCUAGCGACUCCGAAUACUCGGCGGAGUGCGAGUCCCUGUUCCACUCCACCGUGGUGGACACCAGUGAGGAUGAGCAGAGCAAUUACACCACCAACUGCUUCGGGGACAGCGAGUCGAGUGUGAGCGAGGGUGAGUUCGUGGGGGAGAGCACAACCACCAGCGACUCUGAAGAAAGCGGUGGCUUGAUUUGGUCCCAGUUUGUCCAAACUCUCCCCAUUCAAACGGUAACGGCGCCAGACCUUCACAACCACCACGCAAAAACCUUUGUCAAAAUUAAGGCCUCACAUAACCUCAAGAAGAAGAUCCUCCGCUUUCGGUCUGGCUCUUUGAAACUGAUGACGACGGUUUGAGUGACGUCAUUGGUGUAGAAAGUGUCUUUUUUUUUUUCUAGUUGCCAAAAUAAAAAAGGUGGUGGUUUCAUUUUUGUAUAAUACUUUAAUGGAAUGCUUUUUUAAAAAGAUAAAACCAAGGUAAAUUAUUGUUUCAUCUUCACAUACGGACGCUAGUGCCUUUAAUGGAAGGUUAAGAAUGUUUUGCUAGUUAGAAGUAAAUAUUGAGGUUUUAAUGGUGAUAGUGAGUUUUGUGGUACCAGCUGUUUUUUAUUUUAAUCUUUCUGAGCAUCCGGCAAGGUACAGGUUUCGAUGUUCAAGUUCUAUUGGGAUAAGACCAUUUGAUCCCAAGGUCAGGUGGAUGGAAUUUUUGGAUUUAUAUUUGCUUCUUGAGUUUUCAGGGCAGUGUCUCCAUGAGGCUUUUCCUGUUGAGGGGCACCACAUACAAUAGUGUGAAGUAGGUACGAGGGGCAGUUAUUGUAUUCUAUAGUUUUUUAUGUAGUCUACAUUUCUCAGAUGUAUGCCCAUUCGGCUUUAUUCUCAGAACUGUUUUUUUUACUAGACUCAUGACUUGGAGGCCAGACCUUAAAUCCAGAGAUGGCAGCCUGGAUAGGGACCUUAAAAGGAUUCACAAAAACUUUUGCCACACUUGGUGCCUAGGCCCUGUUCCUAAUAACCCCUUCUAGGGCCGUUUAUCCAACAUUUUGAUGCCUUCUUUUCCCUCCCUAAUUUGUAGCCAAUCUAACCUUUCAUUCCUUGGAGGAUUUACUUUUGGGAUAAAAUUUUGGUCCUUGGGCACAGAGACAUUCACUAUUUAUGAAGUAACCCUUGGGCAUGACUCCAAUCCCAGAAUUGCUCACUGAGCGCUAUGCCACCUAAGCAUUGACCUGAACAUAUUAGUGCAAUCCAGUCCAGAUUGGACCGCUGAUCCUACGUGGAAGGGCUGUUUUUUAAGAAAAAAUUUUUGGUAAACAGUAUUGUGUAAAAUUGCUUUUUGUAUACCAAUAUAUGCAUGUUUUGUGCAUGAGUAGUACUUGUGUUGAUAUUCCUGUUGAUGUUAAAUUACUAUAUAAUAUAAACAGUAUGUGUUUUUAUAUAUCAUUGUGUAAAUUUAAUAUAACACAUAUGCAGUAAUAAACGAUUUGUUUUACUGCUGUUAAGUUUGUUAUUUCGGUAUAAAACCAGAUGUUUACACCU